UUACGGACACAUAAUCGCGAUCGGAGAGACCAACCAUGUGCGAACGGUCUUUGAUUUUUCGGUGAAAAUAAAUCGUUCGUCGUACGUACAAUUUCACGCGUAAUUAAUUACCGAAUAGACGGGACACGAGUUUCUUCUUUACCAGCCGGCUGAUUUAACUUUCAAAGUGAUGCGUGCACUUGAACUGGAUACAUAUUUCCCAGUUUCAUUUCGACGUCACGCGAUCGCGCGUAUCGGCGAAUGAGAAAUUUACAACCGAGAAUUUAUCGCGUGCGUUCCGAUAUGUACCUGCAACCUUUAAAUCGUAGUCCGGCAGAAAGAGUGUCGCGAAUUACGAUUCAUACGUGUAAUUAGGUCACUCGAGUAUGUCUGCUGUGCGAAACGUUUGCAUUCGUGUGUCGAGUCGUCGGAAGAAUUCCUUUUCCCGCGUAAGAUCGAACCGAUUUCGCAUCGAAGCGCGAGCACUGUACGCAUCGGCUCUGCAUCGAACUUAAAUUGAGUUUAAUUCUCUCUGAAAUGCACCGAAAUGCACCGAAAAUAGUUUCCAAGGAUACCGGUAAUAACUAACCGGAACAGCUGAUUUAACCUCCCAUGGCGACAUCUAGUCGACUCUGAUUUCACGAACGAACCACGCACAUUCGCUCUUCUCGUCGAGUAAUGUUCGAACGUUAAUCCUGGAAUAUCCGAACACUGCUCUCGGCCUCCUCGCGAUAAUUCUGCUAACGGAAUUAACACCACGGUACACGAGUUCGGAAAUGUCGAAAUUAGUCGGAGUCGAUUUCGAAGUAUUCGGCAGAGUGCAAGGUGUCUUCUUUAGAAAGUAUACCCAAAAACGUGGCAAAGAAUUAGGUUUAAAAGGAUGGUGCAUGAACACGAGUCAGGGCACCGUUGUCGGUCGUCUCGAGGGGGAAAAGGAAAAAGUUGAGGAGAUGAAGAAUUGGUUGCGCUACACCGGAAGUCCUCAGUCGGCCAUAGACAAGGCGGAGUUCCGAGGCGAGAAGGAGAUAUCUCAGGCUUCGUUCUCCGACUUUGACAUUAAGAAAUAGAUAUUUAUUCGAGGAUUAUUUAUCAACUAGGUUUUCCAGCGACGCAACAUGUAUUUAUAAAUCUUGGUUACAAUAAAAGCUGUUCCACGUUCAGAUCGAGA